AUGGACGACAAAUAUGGCCCAAUUUUCAGCAUCCGUCUUGGACUUCGCCCGGUAAUUGUGGUUAGCAAUUGGGAGUUCGCCAAAGAACUGUACACCACUCAUGACAGUGCCGUGGCAUCGUGUCCUCAAAUGCUAGCAGGAAAGCACUUGGGAUACAACUAUCCCAUGUUUGGCCUUUCUCCAUACGGAGCUCACCAGAAGGUCAUGAAAGAAACAUCAAAAGAAUACGACAAUCUCUUGGAGGUGUGGCUAGAAGAGCACCGUGAUCGACGGAAGGGACAUACCCAUUCGGGUAGUGCAGAUCGUGAUUUCAUUGACGUGAUGAUCUCAAAGCUUAAGGAUGUCAAUAAAGAUAAUUAUGAUGCUGAUACCAUUAACAAAUCUACAUGCUUGAAUUUGAAUCUCGCGGGAGUAGACACGACGGCCACCAUGCUUACAUGGACUAUUUCCUUACUCAUGAACCAUCGCAAUGUGUUGAUGGAGGUUGAGGAAGAAUUGGACAUCCAUGUGGGUAAAGAAAGGAUAGUGGAGGAAUCUGAUAUUCCCAAAUUGGUGUACCUCCAAGCUGUUAUAAAAGAAUCCCUAAGGCUAUAUCCACCGGUUCCACUAGGAGGCCCAAGAGAAGUCACCCAAGAUUGUGUUGUCGGCGGCUAUAUAUCAUGUGGCGGCAGGGACAAGACUUUUCUUUAACGUAUGGAAACUCCAACGCGAUCCUAAGAUAUGGUCGGAGCCGUUAGAGUUUCGGCCAGAGAGAUUCAUGACUACCCAUAGAAAUAUAGAUUUCCGUGGCCAGAAUUUGGAGUUGAUUCCUUUUGGUGCCGGUAGGAGAGUGUGCCCAGGAAUAAACCUUGGCAUGCAAAUGGGACACUUUGUUUUAGCUAGCUUGCUGCAGUCUUUUAAGCUCCUAAAU